GGGGCGGGGCGGGUUCCCCUUGGGAGGUCCCGCGACCGGGUCCGCGGGCACGUCGUCGGCGCGCCUGGACCGUGCGGGAGAAGCUGCAGGAGACCAUGGCGCUGCGUGCGGCCGUGUUCGACCUGGACGGGGUCCUGGCGCUGCCGUCGAUCGCCCGCGCCUUCGGCCGCGCGGAGGAGGACCUGGCGCUGCCCAGAGGCUUUCUGAGUGAAGCUCUGAACUUAAAAGGCCCAGAUGAAUCUAUUGCCCGCCUCGUGACAGGAGAGAUCACAUUCUCCCAGUGGGUGCCAUUCAUUGACGAAGACUGCAAGAAACGCUCUAAGAACUCUGGAAUCAACCUCCCUGAGGAGUUCUCUAUAAAUCAAAUUUUUGCCAAGGCAAUUUCAGCAAGAAAGAUAAACCACCCCAUGCUUCAAGCGGCUCUCACUCUCAGAAAGAAGGGAUUUACAACCUGCAUCCUCACCAACAACUGGCUGGACGACAGCUCCGAAAGAGGCACCCUGGCCCAGCUGUUGUGUGAGCUGAGGCCACACUUUGACUUCCUGAUAGAGUCAUGUAGGAUCAGAAUGGCCAAGCCUGAGCCUCAGAUCUACAAGUACGUGCUGGACACCUUGAAGGCCAGCCCCAAUGAGGUGGUUUUCUUGGAUGACAUCGGGGCUUAUCUGAAGCCAGCCCGUGACUUGGGAAUGGUCACCAUUCUCGUCCGCGACACUGACACAGCCCUCAGAGAGCUGGAGAAAGUGACCGGGAUGCAGCUUCUCAAAACUGCAGCCCCGCUGCCCACCCCCUGCAGUCCAAAUGACGUGAGCCACGGGUACGUGCCCAUAAAGCCUGGAGUGCGUCUGCACUUCGUGGAGCUGGGCUGCGGCCCCGCCGUGUGCCUGUGCCAUGGCUUUCCUGAGAGCUGGUUCUCUUGGAGGUACCAGAUCCCUGCUCUGGCCCAGGCAGGUUUCCGGGUACUGGCUGUGGACAUGAAAGGCUAUGGAGAGUCGUCUGCUCCUCCUGAAAUAGAAGAAUAUUCCAUGGAAGUGUUAUGUAAGGACAUGGUAACCUUCCUGGAUAAGUUGGGCAUCUCUCAAGCGGUGUUCAUUGGCCAUGACUGGGGAGGCAUGCUGGUGUGGAACAUGGCUCUCUUCUACCCUGAGAGAGUGAGGGCAGUGGCCAGUUUGAAUACUCCCUUCAUGCCAGCAAAUCCCAAUGUGUCACCAAUGGAGAUCAUCAAAGCCAAUCCUGUUUUUAAUUACCAACUCUACUUCCAGGAACCAGGAGUGGCUGAGGCCGAACUGGAACAGAACCUGAGUCGGACUUUCAAAAGCUUCUUCAGAACCAGUGAUGAGGGUUUUCUCUCCACGAGCAGAGUCUGUGAAAGGGGAGGACUCUUCGUGGCAGCCCCAGAGGAGCCCAGCCUCAGCAGCAUGGUCUCUGAGGAGGACAUCCAGUUCUAUGUGCAGCAGUUCAGGAAGUCUGGCUUCAGGGGUCCCCUAAACUGGUAUCGAAACGUGGAAAGGAACUGGCAGUGGGGCUGCAAAGGCUCGGGACGCAAGAUUCUGAUUCCCGCCCUGAUGGUAACUGCAGAGAAGGAUGUCGUGCUUGUUCCUGAGAUGUCCAAGCACAUGGAGGACUGGAUCCCCCACCUGAAAAGGGGCCACAUUAAGGAUUGUGGACACUGGACACAGAUGGAGAAGCCCACCGAGUUGAAUCAGAUCCUCACUGAGUGGCUGGAAACUGAUGCCAGGGACCCGCUGGUGGUCUCGAAGCUCUAGGAUGUGACGCAUACAAACCCCCAGCAGGCUUUCAACGCUGUCAUCUGCUGGGACACUGCUCUUGGUCCCUAGACGAGGCCUUACCCCCAUCUCUCAUAACGAGCAGCGUUGUUCUGAAGGGGUUUACAACAAAGAGUGAUUUUCUUUAUGUGAAAUGAGUCAAGUUUGACGUGAUUUUAGAUGGAAGAAGAAUCGUGUGAUUAGUUCUCCGGGAAUAAAUGCAUCAGUGUCUCUCUAAGAACCGUUAGUGUUCUCUAGAGGGACAGCGUGGGACGGCCAGGGGUGAUUCUCUUUGACUAACCAGUUCAUAGUUUUGCAGCAAAAUCAGUAGUUAACUUUGAAGCAUUCCGGCAGGGAUUGGAAGUCCUUUGUUCAAUAAAGCCGAGACGACGGUGA